AUGCUACCAGACGCCUACGGCUGUGCCGUAGCUAACAGGUUCGGGAAUCUUCCCGACGACGACAGGGACCCGCUGGACUUCAUAAGUGAGAUGGAGACCGAGAAGGAGAAAAACAGGAAGAAGAAAAAGGAGGUGGAAGACAAAAAUGCCAAGCAGAAGAAACCCGGACAGAAAGAAUCCCAGAGGGACAGACGUGUGCCCAUCCCGAAAAUGGUGAUUCCAGAACCUGAUGCAACUUGCAAGCGGCCAGUCCGUGCCGCAGAAGAGGACAGAGUAGAGACUAAAAGAGGCUUUGGGGAGCGCAGGGCAAACCCAGCUCUGUACCCGCAGGAGUUCUCUGUCCCAAAGACUACCAACUAUCAGGACGUGGACCCCAGGGGCCGGGGAGGAGGAAGGGGUAGGAGAGGAGGAGGAGAAAAAAGAGGAGGAUACUCGAGCAACUUUGAAAACUUUGUCUCGAGGGGAAAAAGAGAAUAUGACCGACACAACGGAACUGGUAUCUCUCCUGAUGAGAAGAGAGGUGGCAGAGGGCCCUGGAACUGGGGUUGUGUGGAAGAACCAGAAAGUGAGUUAAUUGAUGUGACACUUGCUGCUCCGGAACACUCUGAAGAGCCUCAAGCACCAGAAGAAGAGAACCCGAACCUUGCAAUGACAGAGGAAGAAGGAGAAAUGGUGGUCCAGGUUGCCAUGGAGAUGACUCUGGAUGAAUGGAAGGCUUUGCAGAAUGACAGUCGUCCGAAGGCAGAGUUCAACAUCCGCAAAGCAGAGAGCACCAUUCCAUCAAAGGCCAAAGUCAUCCACAAGUCCAAACAUGUGGAACAUCUCAAGGAUAAUAUGGAAGGAAUUGAGGAUGACAGCAAUUUCUUCCGCCGAUCUGUGAAUGACAUCACCUCCCUUCUGGACAUCAACUUUGGUAGUCUGGGACGCCCAUCUCGAGGGGGUCGAGGCAGAGGGCGUGGUUGUCCGCCGAGCCACCAAGAGCCAGCCAAACGCACACUGGAGAAGGAGGGUGAAGCAGCUCCUGAUCCAGACAACCAUGAAGACUUCCCAGCACUAUCAGCAGGCAUUUAA